UUUCAUACGUCAACAGACGGUUCUUAUAAUAUUUCUUUUAAAGGUGCAUACUCGGAAUAUUUAAGUAAGUGCUUCUUCACUGAAAUCCCAUUCAUUUCCAUUGCAAGUUUCUAUGCCGAGUUUAUACAUUUGGGGUAUGGCAACAUUGCGCCAAAGACGAAUUGGGGAAAACUGGUUACCAUCCUCUACGCCAUUUUCGGUAUACCCCUUAUGUUCCUCUACUUGACGAAUAUUGGCAACAUUCUCGCUAAGAGCUUCAAAUAUGUUUAUGGUCGCAUAUGCUACAGACGAAGACUUGGAGAUCAACGCCGUCGUCGGCAACAGCAAUUGGAACAGUACCAGAUUCAUCACAUAAUGCUGCAAGAUGCGACCUCGCCAAACACUGGAACCAAUUCAAUUGUGGAUUCUUCCACUCUAAUCAGGAACAAACUGAAUUCAGAUCUUCCCAAAGAUGACCUUGAUGAUGAAGCUUCCAACAACUAUUCUACCAAACCUCGGGUAACAGUGCCAAUUACUUUAUGUUUAGCAAUCAUUGCUGGCUACAUAUGCGGUGGAGCUGCUAUUUUUUCGGUUUGGGAAGGCUGGGAUUACUUAGAUGGAUCCUAUUUCUGUUUCGUUACUCUCAGCACCAUUGGGUUCGGAGACCUUGUUCCAGGAGAUUCUGUUGUAUCUGAUGAUGGCACGCAAGAAAAACUCGUAAUUUGUUCUCUGUAUCUUCUAGCUGGCAUGGCAUUGAUCGCAAUGUGCUUUAACUUAGUUCAAGAGGAAGUUGUAUUCAAACUUCGAAGAAUUGGCAGGAGCUUAGGUUUAUUGAGCGACCACAAUGAUUCCGAUGAUUGAAGUGCCUUAUGGAUAGCUACUUGAAUCGACGGAAUCGCAUAUGUGUAGUGAAAUUCCUUGCCACCUUCACUUGGACCGUAAAUUAUUCAUUAAAAAUCAUUCGCACUACUUGAUUUACGAUGUAUUAUGUUUUCUUUUCCAUUUCGUGAAAGUAACAGCGUCGAUAAUAAUGUACGCUUAUAUUCUGUGUGGUUUCCCAAUGGAUGCUCAUGUGGACUUAAAAAUUUUACCCUAAAUGAUGAUGAAAUACUUCUCCUAAUUCUUGGAUACUUAAAUGAAAAUAUUAUAUUUCAAAUAUAACUUUCAAGAACAAUAAGCCAAACUCUUUUGGUGCUUCUGUACAGUGGUCAACGCACGCAUGCUGAGAAAAAUAUCUUUCUCUCGAACGUAUCCAGGAUUCCAAGUCUGGAUCUCUAUGAGGAAUCUGCCAAACACGUAGUGUCAAGACGAUGUAAAUAUCUUGUUAACUUUGAAUAUAAGUUUGAAAGCAUUUAAAUAAGAAUAAAUAUCGUAACAUUUUAUAUUAAUCUUAGAUUGUAAUAAGGUGAAUGAAUUAUAACUUCUGAGUUUCAUCGAAUUGUGGUUACCCAUUCACGAGUUGUUCAUCAGCUUACAUCUUUGUAUUC